AUGAUUCUCGAUAGGCGCACACAGCUGCUCGAAAGCAUCCGAGGCCAGAGGGCUUACCUCCCUGACCUGCGACCUAUCUUCGCAGGCUGGCCUGGUGCGUACAGUGAGAACGUCAACGAGUACUAUGAGCUUAUGAUCCCGAUUGCCAAUGCUCGGUUGGACAGUGUCUACGAACAAGGGAUCAAGCUCUCCAAACUCAAGCGUUCGGACUUCGCACUGUUCGCCGCCUCAUGGUGGCCCCAGGCCGAUUUCACGGAGCUCAAGAUUAUGCUGUACAUGUCCAUCUGGCUCUUCACCUGGGAUGAUGAGAUCGACGAGCCUGGUGGAUCGUGUACAGACGAUUUUGAUGCGGCACAAGCCUACCGCAAGAAUACCAUCGAAUGGGUAUCCUAUUGUCUCGGGUUGUGGAAGGGCGAGAGCGCCCCAGUUCCGCAGAACCGCAUCAUCGAGAGCUUCCAGGAAGUGGGCGAGGCGUUUAGAGAUGUGUAUUCAGUCGCACAACGCCAACGCUACUACGACGAGAUGAUUCAGUUCCUGGCUCACUCCCAGGUGGAACAGGAGAUCCGUCUAAGGGUUCAAAUCCCUGGCAUCGAUGAAUACUGGGCUUUCCGUAUGGGCACCAGCGCAGUGGGCAUUGCUGUGGCUGCCGUGGAAUACGCCGACCAGGUCCGAGUAGGCGAUCUGGUCAUGCAAUCGCCCAGUAUUCGUGCUAUCCGGGAUGAGACCAUCAUCAUGAUCUCAAUUACCAAUGAUUUGUUGUCCCUGAAAAAGGAAAUCUCCGCCGGCUGCAUCGACAGCAUCGUACCUAUCACCUACUCUCGGGGCAGCACGCUGCAGCAAGCGAUCGACGUUGCCACGGAAGCGUUGCAGGCAUCGAAGAAUCGCUUCGAGAUCGCCGCCGAUCGUCUGAAAGCUGAAGCACGGCUAAACGAGAAGGCGUAUCAGCAUGUGGAUGCGUUCGUGGAAGCGAACCGGAAAUACUGUGUCGGGAAUUUGACUUGGAGUCUUGCGACCGGCAGGUAUGGGAUGGCAGGGAUGAGCCAGGAUCAUGGGAAGAUUUGGUUGACGCUAUGAGUUCCAUAUAGUACGCAGCGCUUUGAAAGUAACGAUGCUGAUGCAAAUGAUUCUUGUUGGAGGUUUGGAUUUCUUCUCGGUUUCCUGGCCAGGCAUUGGGCAAGUGGAGGGGCU